GCCGCCGUUAAUAUUUGUCGGCGCAGGGCUCUGGCAGCAGCUGAGGAAGAAUUGGUUGUGUAAAGUGUUUUCAGUGGCUAAAAAGAAAUUCCAAUAUUUUCCUUAAUUUAUCACUUAAAAUCUUACGUAAAUAUGGAAAUGUUAGCCUCCACCAGAAACUGCAUCAAAUUCAUGCAGUGUCUGCAGCCGGGCAUGUUGACCCCAGGUGUACAGGCUUUAGUGCAAACCCAACAAGUACGUCACCGUCAAACUAAACAUUGGGCUCCUAAAUUCAAACGUUUGCGGAAAUUGAAAUUUGUAAAAAUGGAUUUGCCCGAUUUUCAUGAGAAACCCUCUGAAUUGCCUCAGGAUGAGUUGAAAAAGAGAAUGAAAGAGCGUGGUUUUUAUCCACCUAGACCUUGGCUAGAAAGACCUUUCCAUAUCAGUUGUACUGGUGGCAUCUUUGAGCCUUAUGUUCCUCCAGAGGGAGAUGGUAAAAAAUCGUUCAUUUCUGCUGCCGGCGCUAAGCAAAAAUUUGAAUUUUUGGAAAAGAAAUCCAAAUCUAUGUUGGCUGUGCGUAAAAUACGCUCCUAUGAAGAGGAAUUCGAUACUGAUGCUUUCCCAAGCAUUGCACAAGAUGUGUAUAUUGAGGCUCACAAAUUUAUGGCCGAAAAGAAUAAACAUCAGUUGCGUGAAUUUGUAAGCGAACGUGCCUACCCCGAAAUGAUGCAUAAUGUCAAAGAUAAAACCAUUCACUGGAAAUUCCUUAAAUCUCUAGAACCACCCCGUGUUGUACAUGCUCGUGUUACCGAUAUUAUUUCCAAAGAAAAUCUCUAUGCCCAAGUCACUGUACGUUUCCACACCCAACAGAUGUUGGCGAUUUAUGAUCGUUUCGGUCGUCUCAUGCAUGGUAGUGAAAUUUUGGCAAAAGAUGUUUUAGAAUACGUUGUAUUUGAAAAACACAUUUCCAAUGAAUACGGCAAAUGGCGUUUGCAUGAUAAAAUCAUACCCGAUUGGCUGCCACCUAAACAACCAGCUCUCAUAACCUACAAACUUAUUGAAGAUGCUGCGCCUGAACAAAUCGCUGCUGGAGAAGAGACCAAACAAUUGGAGGAAGGUGAAAAGAAAUUAGAUGCUGGCUCCGAAGCGGAGCAAUUGCCUGUUGCUGCUACCACAGAGAAGGCUGCGGCGAAACCUAACGCGACGGCCAUUUGAUUGUAUUAUUUAUUGUUAGGUUGGCAUUUUAAACGUAUGCGUUUAAAUCCGAUUUAAUAAAUUUAAAUAAAUUUUUUGUUUUCUUUUUUUAAGUUAGA